AUGCUGACGCACCGGCACAAAAAGCCGUUCGAGUGCAAGGCCAGCGGAUGCGGAAAGUCGUACUGCGACGCGCGGUCGCUGCGCCGGCACACCGAGAACCAUCACCACCACCGGCCGUCGUCCAACCAGGGCUCGCCACCCGCGUCGCCGUCCUCGUCCACGAGUUCCGGUUGUAUACAGUACGCGCCCGCGCCCAUGCCUUCGCCGCCCGGCUCGUCCGCGGCCGCCUCGUCCACCACGGCGGCCGCUGGUGCGCCGUCUUCGUCUUCAUCGUCGUCAGCGUCGUCCUCGUCGUCCUCGUCCGCGUCCACCACGGCUGCGUUUGGGUCCAUGUCGGCCAUUUCGGUGUCGACGUCCGCGUCGUCGUCGUCGUUGUCAUCUUCGUCGUCGUCAUCGUCGUCUUCUUCGCCGUCGAUGUCGUCAUCUUUGUCAUCGACGACGUCCUCGUCCGCCGCGCCGCACCACCAACAGCAGCCGCACGACGCGACGCCCAGUCAGCUGCAAAAGCUGCUCAGCGCCGAACCGCUGUCGUCGACCGGCGGCGGCGGAGGAGCUCUCCCGUCAAAGGUAAGACAUUGCAAUGGAUAUAACCAUAGAUGA